UUAAUUACUUCAUGUGCUGCGUUUACGCUCUUAUUUAAAUUUCAAAUUCAACCCAAUUGAUCUUACACUAAUUUCAGGUCCUAAACUAAAAAUAGGUUCAGAAAAUAAAGUGUAGAAGGAGUCCAUGUAAAAAAAAACUCCUGGGUUAAUUAACAUGUGUUUUUAAGUCAGGACAUGUAAGGUGUUCUUCAUUCAUAUUUUUAAUAAUCGGGUUCUGAAAGGGAAAUAACUAUAUAAUUGUCAGUCAUGUAGCUCUCCUUUGAUGAUUUCGAGAUUUCCAACACAGCCUGAAUGCAACAUUGCAGCAACUAGAAGAGAAAGAGAAAGUAUUCCGGGGCUUUUAAAUUCACUUAAUUUGCCGGUCGCAGUUUGCUUGUUUGCUUGUUGGCGUCGAGAAUAAACUAAGUAGUUUCUAAAGGAUCCAGAGAAAUGCAAUGAAAUAAACGGAAGGAAGGUGACGUUUCUUUAGCAGUGCAGAAGUCAAGUGAUCGCAGGACGGCAGGGAAAAUGAACGGACAUAACAGAGCUAACAGGUACCAUGGGCUGAUGAAACAAGGAUCCACAUGUUACUUGAACAGUGUGCUGCAGGUGCUGUUCAUGACCGAAGACUUCAGAGAGGCUGUGACAAGGUACUCUAUAGAAAAACCUCACUCUGAGUUCCUUGAUCAUGAUUUGAAAGCGUUAUUUGAUGACUUGGAGAAGUAUACAGCAUACACAUAUAAAAUAACAAAGAAGCUGGGCAUCGACAACGUGUAUGAACAGCAGGAUGCUGCAGAGUACUUUGAGAGGAUUUUAAGAAUGACCAGUCCUGAUGCAUCAGAGAUCUUCCACGGUCAGUUAGCAAACAAGACCACCUGCUCCGAAGGUCAUGUAGAGACUGACAGAGAUGCACCAUUUUGGCAUCUUCCUCUUUCACUGGUGGAUUCCUGCGGUGAAGACUACAGUGUGGAAAAAGGAAUUGGAGAGUUUUUUAAACCUUCAGAUUUCUGUGGAGAAAAUCAGAUGUACUGUGAGCAGUGUGAUGACAAAGUUGAUGCUACUAUGACAGAUGUAAUAAAGCAUCAUCCAGAUGUUUUGUGUCUGCUGCUGAAGAGGUUUGAGUUCAACUAUAUAUACAUGAAAUACAUCAAAAUCACCUGUUCUGUGAAGGUUCCCUACACACUGCAGAUACCAGAGAAUCAGAUAUAUGAACUGUAUGCGUUUGUGGAUCAUUUUGGGGAUAUGAGAGGUGGACAUUACAGUGCAACAAUCAAGAUCCAGGAGAAACAUGGAGACAAAUGGUAUCGAUUUGAUGAUACCAUUGUCACAGAGGCUGAUUAUCAGCCAUUCCAGCUGGAUACCACUGAGAGGUUCCAGACUGCAUAUCUUCUGUUUUACAGGAAACAGAAAGAUACUGGUAUUCAAGAGUCCACGGAAGUGUCCAUCAGUGAACCACCCACCAUCAGUAAUGAAUAUGAUCAGAGUCAAGAUGGGAAAAAUAAGAGAAAGAGAGAAGACGCGGAGGAGAAAGACACCGAGGAUAAUCCAAAGGCUGCUCGCUUACAAGAACCAGAGAGAUCACCUGACACUCCCUGUAAUGUAGAUCCUCCGGACAAAGAACUAAAUAAGGACAAUGGAACCACUGGAAGUGAUGACCUGGAUCAAAGACAUACAGAUAAUAAUCCUGAUUUUAAACUUGAUGUUAGUGACACAUCAGCAGUAUGUGCUGAUCUAAACAGACAGUGUGAGAUGAGUAAAUUAGUGGAUUAUAAACCAGAUAAAGAUGAAAAGGCUGAAGAUAAACAGUCAGAGAAAAAAAGCCAUGCAGAGCCUCCAGCUGUUAGAGAGAACAUAUAUGAACAUCAGGAGGAUAAACAAACAGUUGAAAUUUAUUACAACUGUAGUGACACUCAUGCCAAGGAGGAGAAAACAAAAACAGAUUUUCAAAGUGAUGCAAAAGGAAAGAUUAGUGCUGAUAUACCAACAGCAGUGAUGUGCUGUGACACACUUCAAAAUAAAGAAACAGUUGUUGGAAAAGAAAACAUAAUAAAAGAUGAUCAGAUUCAUGAACAUGGAUACAGUGAUACAUUGAACAUGCAGGAGAUAAGUGUUACAAAUUCAAAUAAUGAUGCUUGUGUACAGAGAGAAAUCAGUGAUAUGGAGGAGGACAAGACAGAAAUAAAAGGAGCUAAUAAAGAUGACCACAGUAAUUUUGGGGAAAACACAGCAGAGAAUGUAAUUAGUGCUGCUAAAACACAAAAAGAUGUUGAUGUGGAGGAAGAGAUGAAAGUGAAAGGAUAUGAAGGAAAUACUGAACAAAUUCAGAUAAGAGAGAAAUCCCUUCAGAGACCAGCAGGAUCAGAAACUACAGAAAUACAGAAAGAAAACCAGGAUGUUGGUACUAAUGAAAAAACGAAAGCAGAGAGUUGUCAACCAAAGGUCAGCACUGAGAUUAAGGAAAUCACAGAAGGAGGACGUGGUUCACAGAAGUCAGGAAAUGUUCAAAUAACUUCUGUAGAAAAAAAGCAGAACUCUGAUGGAGAGCAUUCUGGGACAAAGCUGAAGAACACGGGAAUAGAAACUGUAGAGAAAACCUCACAGGGCAGCUCUGAGAGACAUGUCAAAAAUAAUGAAGGAAAGACUGAAACUAAAUUGCAAGCAAACAAUGCAAUCAAGCCCAGGGGAGUAAAACCGAAUGAGUCAAGUUUGCCAGAGCACCAGAAAAGAAGAACCAAAAGAGAAGAACAAAAACAUAAUGACACAAGUUAUUCAACAUACAACAAAAGUCAUGAACUGGAUGAUGAAGAAAUAGAAGCUGCAGGUUCAGAAUAUGAUGAAACAAAUGAGACAUGUGGGUGCAACCCAUUUAGAAAUAAUAAACAGCGGCAGCACAGAAAGAAAAUUAAAAAAGAAAAACAAAAGAAAACUACUGGGUUUUUUGCACAGGCAAAGAAAAAACUGAAAAGGCCAGACCAGAAUUUGGAGUCAGAUUAAGUUGAAAUAUUUUUUAAAAGAUUAUAUAUUUUACAAGCCUCAACUUGUGCUAAUUCAGCAUAAGUUAAUCAUCUUUAAUUGAAGACAUUAUAAACAGGCCACAGAGAUCAGUAGCAUACAACCCAUAUGCAGGAGCUCUUUAAUAAGUGUAACUACUUUAAUUUUGAUUUAAUUGGAGAAUGCAGUAUGUGUGUUGUGCUCAUUUUAUCAGCAAGAAGAAAAAGGCAAGAAAACAAAACAAACAAACAAACAACAUACCCAUAUAUUUUUAUUGUUUUAAGCAUCUUUAGAAUCAUUUGCUGUGAAAAAGAAAACACGAUUUUUGCUAUUUUUUUUACUCUAUCCUAUUUAAUUGUGAUUUUGUAACAUAAACCCUCUUUAACUGUGAUGCAGUUUGUUUAAUGACCAGACUGAUUUCUUAAAAAUAUUGUUUCCUGGUUUAAUAUUUCCCAGUAUUGUUUUUAAUAUCAGUUAUUUCAUGUGACUGUUCCUUUUUUCUUGGAUUUUAGUAUAAAUGGUAUAAAUGGUAAUCUGAGAAAGUAGUUUUGAAGCAAAAAUAAUGUUUCCACUAGUGGCAUAUUUUUGUUUAAUUUUCACUGAAGGGAACACAAGUAUAUAGUUUACACUGAAACUAGUGGUUCUAAGUUAUUGUUUGCAAAACCCUGAUGUCACAUUGAACAAAUGACAGACUAUUUAAGAUUUAGUUAAUGGAAAAUUAUUAUUAUCACUAUUAUUUUCCCAAAUUGCUUUGUACCUAACUAUUUAACAAAUAUUCAAGUAGCUUAUGUUGUUGGUCUUGAUUAACUGAACAUGAUCAUAUUUUUGUAUUCCUUUCUUUUUUUCUUUUAUUCUUUUAUGAGUUUUGUUGGUUUUCAUUGUUCUUUUUUGUUCUUAGUCUUCAUUCGUGUUUGACCUUUAUUCUUCAUACUUCUGGAGUCUGUUUAAUUUGUGUUUACUAACCUGAUGCUGAUCACAUAACCUGAUCAGGAGCAGGUUGUGUUCAGAGUUUCAGUUUCAAAUUGACUUGAAACCCCACAUUUUCACUGAUUGUCUUAUUUACAGCAUUUGUAGGUGUAAUAUAGAUUCUCUACUAACAUCACAAAUGGACCACACCUAUAAAAUUACAGCUCUGCAAAUAGUUCAUUGUGUUGUCACCUGAAUGUGUUCACUUGGUGAGGCAGAAAAUAUAUAAAUGUUUUUUCACUCGAUUCUAA